UAUAAAAUAAACAAUGAAUUUUAGAAAUAUUUGUAAUGGUAAAUGGGCGGGUUAGCACGUGCAGGGACAGGAACAAAGGAAUAUUUCCCAGAUAGAUAAGUUUUCUAAAAGUAUUAGAAAAUUAAGAACAGAUCAGAACUUUAGUUGUACGUGGAUUUUUGUUAAUAUAUUUAAAUUAUAUUAAGAUAAUGGCAGGAAAGCCAUCGAAAAAGGGAAGAAACCCAGGAGUAGUGGAUAAUUGGUUGGAUAAUCUUGAGUUGUACAGAAAAAACGUCGCGUAUGAUGAAACAUGUUUGUUUAGAGCUGUUAGUGAGCAGUUAUUUGAGUGCCAAAUCUUCCAUGAGCGCGUACGCAGAGAAUGCAUAGAGUAUGGAAAGGACCAUUUCAAUCAGUUUAUGCAUUUGAUAGACAAUGAAGAAAAGUGGUAUAAUCAUUUAAAUUUGCUCGAAAAUCAUAUGGUUAUAUGCGGAAAUCUGGAGAUUAAUUUAAUUAGUAGAAAGUACAAUCGAGAUGUACUUAUUUUUCAUGCAAACAAACAGCAAAUUUACGAUGUGACCAAGCUUGGGUUACCAUCUCCACCGUUAAUGCUGUGUCUGAUGGAUAAAGAUCAUUACGAUGCUGUUUAUAGGAAAGAGCAUAUUGAAAAUUCAGGAUUUUGCCAAUCAAUGGUAUAUAAAACACUCUACGAGAAUGUGUUUAAAAUACCCAAAGUUGAUGAUAUUGUAAAAGCAAUGCUUUACGAGAAAACGCAGGUUAUAAGUCAGUCAGAAAUGGAAGAAAAAAGUUUAUAUACAGAGGGCUCGAUUAUGGAGGAUUUGGAAAAUACUAUUGUGGCCCCUUUUCCCUUUAAAGUUGCCAAAGCCCUGGAUCCUACUAUAUAUCGAAAUAUAGAGUACGACUCUUGGGGUGAAAUUAGGAGAGAGUUAAGACUUGGAGACUGGUAUUACGGAGAUGAUAAAUUAAAAAUGGGCACUAGAUGUUUACUGACUGACCGUCAAACUGGGGAUUUACACGAGUGUUAUAUUCAGGACCUUUUGAAAAAUCAAAAUCAGUGUGUGGUGUAUUUAACGAAAAUCGCAGAAAAAAGAAUUGUGAAUUAUUCAGAUUUGUCACCUGAAAGUGAUGCUAAACCAUGGCCCUUACCAUACAGGUUUUCUAAAAAUUUAGUUAUAACUAAUACGACCACCCAGUUAGCUCCCAUGGAUAAAGUUAAGAGUUUGAGAAAGAAAAAUAAGGAGAAGAGACAGAGCAAGAGCUUGACUGAUAUAAAAUGUUCGUGUGUCGAUGGCGAGAGUUUGGAGGAUGUGAGUGCUUUUGUAGGUCUUCCUUUGCAAAUGCAAAUGGCUAACAACAACCAUAAUAAUAAUAAUAAUGAUAAUGAAACGACUAAGAUAGAAGCAUCAACUGACACCACUGAGUUGGUUUUGCCACAGACAGAAGGGUUACUCACACCAGUAACACCGGAAAUAAACCAGUAUCCACAAAGGUACCACUGGGGUGAACCAGUACAUUGGCCGGUACACCAAACCCAGUACAUCCCACCGGAUAAUUCCUAUUACUCGCCCACCGCAGAUCCGUUUGUAUGGCCCCAGAGUCCUCCUGCAGGUCCGUACUAUGAGUACAAACCUAUGGUGGCAUCAGCACCGGUUACACCAAACGUGGUACCCUAUCACGAUACGAACUACCCGUUUUUCUUUAACUACCACGUGGAACAGUACCCCCUCCCUCCACAAUCUCCAUCCACACCGACAGCCAAUCCUAUCAUGAACCGGAUGGAGAAUAGCGAGAGAACAGUUGAAACAUCCCAAAUGGUACAGACGCCGACUUUUUCCAGCGAGCACAACGUGCCUACUACGACGCCUUGCCUAUCGCCGCUGGAUUCGGUACCAAAAGUUAACUUGGCUUUCAUGCCGCAACCUGCGCAGUCCAUUGAUCUUUACCAUCCGAUUAUGCCGGUACCACCAGGUACGCCCAUAAUAUAUACGCCAAUACCAACCGAAGCCGACGUGAUGGUAAACACGCCCAACGUAAACCCAUUCACCCCUACCACACCGGUAGAAAUGCAGUACAUCUCACCCCAAGGGUACGUCUACCCUUCAGCUCAGACCCUGCCCAGCAUUCCCGUGUAUACACAUGCAGGGUACCCUUAUAACCCCCAAGGGUUCGUGUUUCCUCAGCCUAACCAGGCGAAAUAAGACUACAUAACCUCAAAGCAACAAAAUACCUCCAAAAUAUUUGUGACGUUCGAAUUUGUUUUUAGUUUUUCGUGUUUAUUAUUUUUCGUUACCAGAGAUAAAUUAUUUAGUUUUUUUUUUAUAUAAAGAUAUUUUAAUAAUAGUGUUAUAAUAUAUUACAAGAUAUAUUUUUUUAAGUGCGCUGUUUGUUAAAAAAAUUGUAUUUGUUAAGAAUUUUUGUUAAAAAUAUUUGUGAUCGAAUUUGUUUUUAGUUUUUUUCAUGUUUUUUUUAUCAGAGAAAUAAUUUAGUUGUUUUGAUAUAUAAAGAUAUCAAAUAAUAGUGUUAAUAUAUCACAAUUAAACAAUUAAUUAUAAGAUAUAUUUUUUAAGUGCUUUUUGUUAAAAGAUAGUAUUAUUUGUUAAGAGUUAAAUUUUUCUCUAUUUUUAUAUAGUUUUUGCGAGAAUUCAGUGUUAUUAGUUUAUGUUGUUUAUUACUGUAGUAAGAAGAGUAAUUACUUGUUGUUUUAUUUAAAAAGUAAUAAACAUUUUCC